CUCCUCCUCUUCCUCCUUCUGUUCUUCUUCCCGCGGCGGCGGCGGCUGCUAAGGCCGGUGUCUCUCUCUCUGGAGGUUGUGGUGCUCCGGACCCACCAUGGAACGCAACAGAUGUCCGAUCUGUGCCAGAACAUUUUUCGGGGUCACCUGCUAGGACCGCUGGGUUUCGUCACCUUCUGGGCCUAGGCUGCAACAUCUCUGGUCUACUUCCUCCUCCUUCUCCUCUUCUUCCUCUUUGUCCGGUGCUGCCGCCUGGGUCAGCCGUUCUGACUCUUUCUCUCCCCUCCCCUUGUGAAGGACCACCGGCCUGGCACCCUGUCCGCUCACCAUGUUCCUCUCCUCCCCGAGUUUCGUCCGCCGGGUGCUGAACGUCCGGCCGGGUUCCGCCCUCCUUUUCUGGCUCCUGGGGCUGGCCCUGCGCCCGUCACCCCUCUCGGGGCAAAAGCCCGAAGACAAGUACCCCGUGGUGCCCACCAACUACGGAAAGCUGCGCGGCAUCAAGAAAGGCCUGAACAAUGAGAUCCUCGGCCCCGUGGUGCAGUAUCUGGGCAUCCCGUACGCCACACCGCCCGUCGGCGAGCGCCGCUUCCAGCCGCCCGAGGCGCCGGCGUCCUGGUCCGAGGUACGCAAUGCCACCGCUUUCGCCCCGGUGUGCCCGCAGAACAUCCACGGCAUGCUGCCCGCCAUCAUGCUGCCUGUGUGGUUCACCGACAACCUGGAGAUUGUGGCCAGCUACGUGCAGAAUCAAAGCGAAGACUGUCUCUACCUCAACGUCUACGUGCCCAUGGAGGAUGAUAUCCGAGACAGUGGGAAAAAACCCGUGAUGCUUUUCAUCCAUGGCGGAUCGUACAUGGAAGGCACCGGAAACAUGUUUGAUGGCAGUGUGCUGGCCGCCUAUGGAAAUGUGAUUGUUGUCACCCUCAACUACCGUCUCGGCGUGCUGGGCUUCAUGAGCACCGGCGACCAGUCAGGCAAGGGGAACUAUGGUCUCUUGGACCAGAUUCAAGCCUUGAGGUGGCUGAACGAGAACAUCGGUCAUUUUGGGGGGGAUCCGGAGCGCAUCACCAUCUUCGGUUCCGGAGCCGGGGCCUCCUGCGUCAACCUGCUCAUCCUGUCUCACCACUCGGAAGGUUUAUUCCAGAAAGCCAUCGCUCAGAGUGGCACCGCCAUCUCCAGUUGGUCCGUCAACUAUCAGCCGCUCAAGUACACCCGGAUGUUGGCCUCCAAAGUUGGCUGCGACCACAUGGACACCAGCAGUACCGUGGAAUGUCUACGGCGCAAGCCUUACCGGGAGCUGGUGGAUCAGGACAUCCAGCCGGCGCGCUACCACAUUGCUUUCGGUCCCGUGGUGGACGGCGAUGUGGUCCCCGACGAUCCGGAGAUCUUGAUGCAGCAAGGCGAGUUCCUCAACUACGACAUCCUCAUCGGUGUCAACCAGGGAGAGGGCUUGAAGUUCGUGGAGGAUUCCAUGGAGAAUGAAGACGGCAUCUCGGCCAGCUACUUCGACUUCACCAUCUCCAACUUUGUGGAUAACCUCUACGGCUACCCGGAAGGGAAAGAUAUCUUACGGGAGACCAUCAAGUUCAUGUACACCGACUGGGCGGAUCGAGACAACGGCGAGAUGCGUCGGAAAACUCUUCUGGCCCUCUUCACGGACCACCAGUGGGUCGCGCCAGCCGUGGCCACUGCUAAGCUCCACGCCGAGUAUCAGUCACCUGUCUACUUCUACACGUUUUACCAUCACUGCCAGACGGAUACUCGUCCCGAGUGGGCGGACGCGGCCCACGGGGACGAGAUCCCCUACGUCUUCGGCGUCCCCAUGAUUGGGGCCACGGACCUCUUUCCUUGCAACUUUUCCAAGAACGACGUCAUGCUGAGCGCCGUGGUCAUGACCUACUGGACCAAUUUUGCCAAGACAGGGGACCCCAACCAGCCUGUGCCGCAGGACACCAAGUUCAUCCACACGAAGCCCAACCGCUUCGAGGAGGUGGUGUGGACCAAAUUCAACACCAAGGACAAGCAGUACCUGCACAUCGGCCUGAAGCCCCGCGUGCGGGACAACUACCGUGCCAACAAGGUGGCUUUCUGGCUGGAACUGGUGCCCCACCUCCACAACCUCCACGAGCCCCCCUACACCUCCACCACCACCCGGGUGCCCCCCUACGUCACCCGCUGGCCCAGCACUCGGGUGGGGCCAAGCACAACGCGCCAGCCCAUCGCCACCCUUCCUCCGGACGAAGACGACGUCGCCCGUCCGCCGCGGUACGUGCCGUUCCCGGGAGACUCGCGGGACUACUCCACCGAGCUCAGCGUGACGGUGGCGGUGGGCGCCUCCCUGCUCUUCCUGAACAUCCUGGCGUUUGCCGCCCUGUACUAUAAGCGGGACAGGCGCCACGAGCUGCGGAGCGGGCGGCGGCUCAGCCCUCAGCGCAGCGCGGCCAACGACCUGGUGCACAGCGGCCACGAGGAAGAGAUUAUGUCGCUGCAGAUCAAACAUUUGGAGCACGACGCGCACGAUCUGGAGCCCUUACGACCGCAUGAAAUCCUACGCCCCGCCUGCCCUCCCGACUACACCCUGGCACUUCGCCGGGCACCAGACGAUGUGCCCUUGAUGACCCCGAACACCAUUACCAUGAUCCCCAGCACCAUUACGGGUAUGCAAGCCUUGCACCCUUUCAACACCUUCCCCACUGGACACAACAACACCCUCCCUCACCCUCACUCCACCACCCGUGUAUAGUUGUCCUCGGUGCCCAAAGCCCCCCCUUCGGUGGGAGGGGGGGAGUCUCUUGCCAAGCUGCCCCUAGGGGAGGCCCUCUUCCUGCCCCGUGGCUCGUACAGGCCUUUUAUAUCACACUGUGGGGGGAACGGCAACAGAGGGUGGGGUCGGCAGCCCCUUUGCCCAGAUCCGGUGGCGCUUCGGCGCGUCCACCAUCCUCCUAGAUGUGGUACGGUAACGGAAGCCCAACCCGCGUGGGCAGCUGCCAUCCUUCCAAGGAGUCACGGCGUGGAGUUGGGGGGGGGGGGAAGAACGGCGUCCUUCCACUCGCGUGUAGAGAAAUGUCGGGAAAGUGGUCGUGCAUUUGGAGGCUAUUUGGGGGCUCAGGUCGCUGGGGAGUCCAAGAGAGAGUGAGAGAGAGAAUAAAGGGGGGGUUGGAGAGGGCCUCCCCUCUUCAGAAUGAGGGAAAUGCCCCGGUUAG